AGACAGGCAGGAGUCUGUGCACUGGAGCACUGCUGUGCGGCUCGACACAAUGGAGCGAGGGCUACUGGUUUCACUGGUUAUACUGGUGUGCUCUCCCAGCAGGGGGCUGUCUGGACCCAUUAUAACUCAGGACCCGGGCUCUGUGACUGGCACAGAGGAUGGAGAGGUCACUAUACCCUGCACUGUGAUAGAGGGUCCUCCAGGACUAGUGAGAUGGUACAGGGACACUGGCAGCGGCAGACAGCAUCUUUACUCUACAGGAACCCCUCCGCCCAAUGAGAGAAACGACCCCCGCGUGUCUCAAGUACAUCAAAACCACCCCACAGAUCUCUCCAUUCGAAUUGUGAGGCUGACCCUGCGUGACUCAGGAAUGUAUUACUGUGAGAAAUACACAGUGUUUGAUGGGACCCUCAUUGCUAGCGGUGCAGGGAGCAGGCUGAGUGUGCAAGCGUUGCCUCCACCCAUUAUAACUCAGGACUCGGACCCUGUGACUGGCACAGAGGAGGGUGAGGUCACUUUACUCUGCACCCUGUCCAGAGAGGGUCCUGCAGGACUAAUGAGAUGGUACAAGGGCACUGGCAGCAGCAGACAGCAUCUCUACUCUACAGCAGCCCCUCUGCCCAAUGAGAGAAACGACCCCCGCGUGUCUCAAGUACAUCAAUACCACCCCACAGAUCUCUCCAUUCGAAUUGUGAACCUGACCCUGCGUGACUCAGGAAUGUAUUACUGUGAGAAAUACACAGUGUUUGAUGGGACCCUCAUUGCUAGCGGCGCAGGGAGCAGGCUGAGUGUGCAAGGGCUGUCUGGACCCAUUAUAACUCAGGACCCGGGCUCUGUGACUGGCACAGAGGAUGGAGAGGUCACUAUACCCUGCACUGUGAUAGCGGGUCCUCCAGGACCAGUGAGAUGGUACAGGGACACUGGCAGCGGCAGACAGCAUCUUUACUCUACAGGAACCCCUCCGCCCAAUGAGAGAAACGACCCCCGCGUGUCUCAAGUACAUCAAAACCACCCCACAGAUCUCUCCAUUCGAAUUGUGAGGCUGACCCUGCGUGACUCAGGAAUGUAUUACUGUGAGAAAUACACAGUGUUUGAUGGGACCCUCAUUGCUAGCGGCGCAGGGAGCAGGCUGAGUGUGCAAGCGUUGCCUCCACCCAUUAUAACUCAGGACUCGGACCCUGUGACUGGCACAGAGGAGGGUGAGGUCACUUUACUCUGCACCCUGUCCAGAGAGGGUCCUGCAGGACCAGUGAGAUGGUACAAGGGCACUGGCAGCGGCAGACAGCAUCUCUACUCUACAGCAGCCCCUCUGCCCAAUGAGAGAAACGACCCCCGCAUGUCCAGAGUAUCUCCAAACCAACCCACAGAUCUCUCCAUUCAGAUUGUGAACCUGACCCGAGAUGACUCAGGAAUGUAUUACUGUGAGAAAUACAAAGGCGGUGAUGGGACCCUCAUUGCUAGCGGCGCAGGGAGCAGGCUGAGUGUGCAAGGGCUGUCUGGACCCAUUAUAACUCAGGACCCGGGCUCUGUGACUGGCACAGAGGAUGGAGAGGUCACUAUACCCUGCAUUGUGAUAGAGGGUCCUCCAGGACUAGUGAGAUGGUACAGGGACACUGGCAGCGGCAGACAGUAUCUCUACUCUACAGGAACCCCUCCGCCCAAUGAGAGAAACGACCCCCGCGUGUCUCAAGUACAUCAAUACCACCCCACAGAUCUCUCCAUUCGAAUUGUGAACCUGACCCUGCGUGACUCAGGAAUGUAUUACUGUGAGAAAUACACAGUGUUUGAUGGGACCCUCAUUGCUAGUGGCGCAGGGAGCAGGCUGAGUGUGCAAGGGCUGUCUGGACCCAUUAUAACUCAGGUCCCGGGCUCUGUGACUGGCACAGAGGAUGGAGAGGUCACUAUACCCUGCACUGUGAUAGAGGGUCCUCCAGGACUAGUGAGAUGGUACAGGGACACUGGCAGCGGCAGACAGUAUCUCUACUCUACAGGAACCCCUCCGCCCAAUGAGAGAAACGACCCCCGCGUGUCUCAAGUACAUCAAUACCACCCCACAGAUCUCUCCAUUCGAAUUGUGAACCUGACCCUGCGUGACUCAGGAAUGUAUUACUGUGAGAAAUACACAGUGUUUGAUGGGACCCUCAUUGCUAGCGGCGCAGGGAGCAGGCUGAGUGUGCAAGCUGCUCUUGAGGCGACUCCCCCUUCCCGUUGCCACGGAUACAAGCAGGCCUGGCUGCCCUGCUUAGGUGGCCCCUCCCCCUCUGGGAAGGCAAUCCUGGGCGAGUCUCUGUUGGAGUUCUCUGUGAGUCUGUACCGCGCUGUCGCACACACCCAGACCAGCCCGCGCAACCUCUUCUUCUCCCCGCUCAGCGUCGCCAUGGCGCUCUCACACCUCCUGCUGGGAGCGCGUGGCGAUACCCAGUCUGCCCUGGAGCAGGCUCUGUUCCUCCCCGCUGAAUUUGAGUGCCUGCACAAGGAGCUGAGCAGCCUCUCCUCCCCCAACCUCCUGACUGCAUCCCAGAUCUACGUGAGGCAGGGUGAGAGCGUCCGUCUGUGUGUGUGUGUGUGUGUGCUUUACUUGACCCCUCUGUGCUUUACAAUGCUUCCCUGUGCUUUAAGUGAGUUCAAUGAACCGCACCGAAGAUCGACGACAGGGGCGUGGCCUCAGCUGCUGUCCAAUGACAGCGAAGCAAACGUGAGGCUGGUCAAUGACUGGGUGGCGAAGCACACAGAAGACAAGAUCACGCACCUGCUGGAUGACGUGCCAGCGACCACAGAGCUGCUGCUGCUGAACGCAAUCUACUACCAGGGGAAGUGGAAGAUCAGGUUUGAUGUGACAAAGACAGUGAAGGAGGGGUUCCUGUCGAUUGGGAAGCAUGUCGUGGUGCCGGUGAUGAAGAGCCAGGGAUACAAACUGGCCUCCCUGCAUCAUCGCGGACUGCAGGCCAAUGUGGGCAGGUUCAUUCUCUCCGGUGGCGUCUCUUUCCUGGUCCUGCUCCCCACAGACCCCUCUCUGGACUCUCUCCUCGCACUCGAGUCCCGGCUGAGCUCCAAGCUCCUGGCUGACGUCGUGCAGCAGCUGAGCCAGGCCACCACCAACCCCACCAUGGUCUCAUUGCCCAGACUGCGGUUGGACGUCCAGACUGACCUGGCUUACAUACUGGAGAAGCUGGGUCUCUUGGAGCUCUUCAGCUCCCCGAAUCUGUGUGGGCUGAGCCCCCAGGCAGGGCUGUUUGUGUCGGACGCUCUGCAUCGCGCGGUGCUGGAUCUGGGGGAGAGCGGGGUGGAGGCAGCAGCGGCUACCUCGAUCUCGCUGGCCCGCACCGUGUUCGUGUUCGACGCCCUGCAGCCCUUCAUCCUGGUCCUGUGGGACGAUGCGCUGCGGGCCCCGCUGUUCAUGGGACGAGUCACCGACCCGUCACAACCCAACUGAGGAGCACAGCAACACAACAUACAACAACACAACAAAACAACACAACAACACAACAACACACAACACCACAACACACAAGAACGACCCGUCACAACCCAACUGAGGAGCACAGCGAUGCAACACAACAACACAACAACACAACACACAACAACACAACACAACAUAAUAACAUAACAACACAACA